UCAGGCUAAGCUACUAAAUGCUCAUACACAAUACAAAAAUUAAAACAAUAUCAAAUUAAUAUAUAUGUCCAUAUUAAAAAUUAAAAAUGCACAUAAAUUAUAAUAAAAUUAAACAACAUGUCAAAAGAAAAAUUAUACAGAAAACCACCGGAGCUAUGAAAAUUAAAGUGCAUUACAAUAGAUUAAAAUUAAAGUACAAUAAACGAAGUUGUCCAAACAUGUCUUAUUAAUAUACUUAGGUACAUGUGUAAACUAAUUAUUUUCAAAUCGAAGGUACUCUGAUAAAUUAAUUACAUUUACUCGAAGUAUUCAAUCAACAAAAUUACUAACAAACCCACUAACUAGCGUUCCUCGACGGAGUUAGUAUUGGAUAAGUACUUACUGAUUACAAUUAAUAGAAAAUGACUGUGGAGCUAAAAUGGUUACAAAUAUUAUUGAAAAUAGAAGAAAUAUUUGGUUUUAGCCGAAGGUUUGUGACGAGGAGUAUUCCAGGAAAGUUAUUUGUAUUUUUUAGAUCGUUGAUCGAAUUCAGUUUAGCAAUAUUUGUAAUAUUCAUUAUCCAGAGGAUAGGAACCAUAAACAGUAUUGUAGAGUUUAUACUGACGAACACACUAUCAUUUGGUUCCAUGUUGCUUUCAUGCUAUUACUCUAGAACAUACUUGAGGUUUAUUGGCAAUAUACAAACUAAUAAUAUUAUAUUCAAAAGUGACAGCGUGUAUAGAAGUAAUCUGAUCACAUCUCUAAAGUUGGAAUUUUAUCUCUGGUCCGGAUAUUUUAUAUCAAUUUGCGUAAUAGCAGUGGUAAGAAUCAAUAUGUUCUACUAUAUUGACGCCACUAGCACUUUAUUAGUAAUCAAUAGGGUGUUAGUUAAUCUCCGCUUUCACAUCGAGUUGGCAGUUAUAACCUGCACACUGUGCACUAUGUCUGAGCAAUUGCAGAGCAUUACACGAUCUAUAAAAAAAGAACACGCCAAUGAUUCUGUUGCGAGAGUAACAAUAAUGAAGGAUGAAAACGACGUUGAAAACUUAUCAAGAAAUCUCGACCAAUGGCUUUUCAACUAUUCAAAAGUACAAAAAAGUUCUAAUCUUUUUAACGAAAUUUACGGCAUACAGUUCUCUGGUCUUAAUCUAUAUUACUACAUUUAUAUCUACAUAUAUACAUUUAUAUAUAAAUGUAUGAAAAAAUUAUGGAAACGAUCCGAUGAAGAUAGUAUACAAGGAGUUUACACAAAUUUUAUUUUUAAGGGUUAUUCUUCGACGCUUGAAGUUGUCAGUGCUGUUGCGACGUAUGUUGCUGUUAUACUCUCCAUCACGAUUGUAAUAAAUUUUGCUCUAUCGGCGCAAAAUCUACAGAACAACGCAGAAAAUUUGUCACGAUGUUUGAAACAGCUACACUUGCAAGCGUGCUUACAAACAGGUAAAAUUAUAUCUUGCAAAACCUUUGGUUCAUAUCCACAUAAUAUUUUUUUAUAUAAAGCCUCAACGACUAUUCUACUUGAGAAUACAGAACAAACUGAACUACUAAAGUUUCUACGUGUUAUAUUAAAUCAACCGAUAUACAUCAAAACGUUUGGCACCGUGAACGUCAAUAUGACGCUGGUUCCCGCGUGCGUUGGGCUCAUCACUUCAUAUACCGUCGUCACUCUGCAGUUCAACAACGUUGUUUAAUGCCGUGUAACGUCGUAUAACUUUGUAUAACUUUAACAUGGGAGUGUAGUUUUAAAAUAUAAUAUGCUGUAAUCAUUUUCACGUAUAAUAUCAAUA